AUGAUUUACAAGACAACAGCGAGAUUUCAUAGAAGUCAAAUGGCCUGCACGGACAGAACUAAUCAUAUGCUUCAAGAAAAGGCAAAAAGACAACUUGAAAAGGCCACAGAUCCUCUCGAAAAAUUGCGUAACGUUUGUUUAUCUAGGGGCGCUAAUGGAAUAGUUGGUCUCGGUCGACAAUUCCGGAUUAUCGAUGAUGACGGAAAUAAAAAACUGUGCUUCAAAGAAUUCCAGAAAGGUUGUAGAGAUUUUGGGGCUGACCUAACAAAGGAAGAGAUUGAAGAAAUUUUUCACAUGAUCGACAAAGAUGGUAGUGGGAGUAUUGAUUUCGAGGAAUUCCUUCAAGCUCUUCGGGUAAUCGUUUUGGAUGCCUUUUUAUUCCAGCCUGCAAUGAGCAAAGCCCGUCAGGAAAUCGUUAACAAGGCAUUUAUGAAACUUGAUAAAACAAAAGACGGCGUUAUAAAGGUGGACGAUUUAAAGGGUGUGUACAAUUGCAAACAUCACCCAAAAUAUAUUAAUGGUGAAAAGACAGAGGAUGAAAUCUUUGUUGAAUUUUUGAAGACGUUUCAGCCAGCGGAUAAUGCCGACGAUACGGUGACAAAAGAGGAAUUUUUCAAUUACUAUAAUGGAGUGAGUGCGUCCAUUGAUAACGAUGCUUAUUUCGACUUGAUGAUGCGGACUGCAUACAAAUUGUGAACGCUUCACCUUGACAAAGGCGAGUUCCUCAGUUACUAUGCCGCUCUUAGUGCAUCGAUCGACAAUGACGCUCAUUUCGAUUUGGUUUUACGAACUGCUUACAGGCUGUAAAUGCAACUUCGCCAAUACUUCUGUGGCAUUACCACAAAAGACCAAGUUUAUGUUCACUCCAAGUUCUGCCAGUUAUCUGAUCGAUGUUAGUUUUUCACCUUCCUUCAGCUUUGAGAUUAUCGAUUGGCAUGUUAUAUCAUGCCGCACUACUUUUACUCAUCAGGCUGUUCAAAC